GUACGAUUUCAGGUUUGUAAGAAGUAAGAACUAAGACGGAACCGGUCGGUUCGUGGUUUACCAGAGAAAGAGAACCAUCGUCAACGUCGCAAUUCACUUCUUCAAGACUUCUUCUUCUCUGUUAGAAGAAGAAAGAGAUCAUUUUGGAAUUUCAGUCAUCUGCGAAAAUGGUUGCUCGGAAGUUUGUCAUCCGCCACGAGGAUUCGAGCUAUGGUAUCGACUACGACACUGAAAAUGGCCUUGAGGUUUUACAAAUUCAAAUUUUCUCCAUCACUUCUGUUCCUCCUGAUGAGCAAAAGAUCGUUGCGGAAGAUGAUGAUCGAGUGGUAUCGGAUGAGACUGAUCUCGCUUCUAUAUCCGGUAAGCUCCGAUUGCUCUCAACGGGAGGAAUCUCUGAGGAGAAGUCAGAAGGAACCUCUGGUAAGAGUGAGAAAUCCGAUGCGGAAAUGCUGCAAUCAGACGAAGAGUUUGCUCGUAUGUUGCAGGCAGAAGAAGAGGCGAUGAUGUUUCAACAGUAUGUUGCUGCACAAGAUAGCGGCGAAUUCGAGAGGAGAAUAAGGCCUUAUGUCAGCCAAGUCCUCAUGUAUGAAGAUCCAGUCCGUCAAGAAGCUGCUCGAAAGACUAUUCCUAAAGACGAGCUCGAGGAGAAAGCUUUGGUUUCUCUGGCCAAGGAGGGGAAUUUCGAGCCAUCGAAAGAUGAAAAAGACUACGCUUUCCUGCUUCAGCUACUUUUCUGGUUCAAAAGAUCCUUCAGAUGGGUCAAUGAACCUUCUUGUGACUAUUGUGGUAACAAAACCAUAGGCCAGGGGAUGGGAAACCCACUUACCUCAGAGCUUGCUUAUGGAGCAAAUCGAGUUGAGCUAUAUCGAUGUACCUCGUGUCCAACAAUUACUCGAUUCCCUCGGUACAACGAUCCCCUAAAGCUUGUAGAAACAAAGAGAGGUCGUUGCGGGGAGUGGGCCAACUGCUUUACGCUAUACUGCCGCUCGUUUGGCUAUGAUUCUCGUUUGAUAAUGGACUUCACAGAUCACGUCUGGACGGAAUGCUUCUCUCACUCAUUGGGAAGAUGGAUCCAUCUUGACCCUUGUGAAGGAGUUUAUGACAAACCCAUGCUAUAUGAGAAAGGUUGGGGUAAAAAGUUGAAUUAUGUUACUGCGAUUUCUAAGGAUGGGGUUUGUGAUGUCACUAAGCGAUAUACAAAGAAAUGGAAUGAGGUUUUGUCUAGACGAACUCUCACGACUGAAUCAUCUUUGCAAGCUGUUCUUCGAACCCUGACAACGGAACGGCGAAGUAGGUGUAUGUCCGAAGUUUUAUCUGCGCUUAAACUCCGAGACAGCAAUGAGCAGGAAGAACUCGAGAGAAAUCUGCAUUCCCCUGAUGAUAACUCGGUUUCUUUACCUGGAAGGCAAAGUGGGGACAAGGAAUGGCGCAUUCUGAGAUCAGAAUUUGGUUCAGACGAAAACAGCUCUGUCAGCUCUUCCUCUUGCCCAGUUCGCACAUGCGUUGAUAACCAUGUGACCAACAUUUAUGACUCGUUCCUGCCUAUUCUGACUCAGUUCGUUGAGGAUGAUCUUCCUGUGGCAAGAGCAAUUGAGGUCCUUAACAUGAUCAAGAAGGUCCUAGUGGAUCUGAAGAAUGCGUCUUUCAAAACGAGGAAGGCUCGCUUGAGUUUAGAUUCAGAUAGCUCAAGCUCGAUCCCGGAGCAGUUUCUGCCUGCACUGGAAGGUUUGCUUCUCGCGCUUUCUUUGAAGAGCGAGAAAGACGCAGACGACAAAAGUCUCACAAUAUCCUUGGUGGGUGAACCCACAAAAACGGCUUUAGCAUUGCCUGUUGCAUUGGACGCUUUAAAGGAACUGGUGACUGACCUCAGCAAAUGCCAAAACCUAAACAAAGAUUCACUGUCUUUUCCAAUUCUGAAGCAGAACAGGGUAUGCUCUGGUUCUGUCCUCGCAAGUGGUGAAGAGCUUCCUUCUGGCAUUGCAACCGCAGCUUUUGAUGGAAUCCAAGAGUCCAAAUGGGAGGAACCAAAUGGUGCAAAAGGUUGUUGGAUCGUGUACAAAACACUCUACAACCAGAUGCAACAACUCAUAGCUUACGAGCUCAUGUCUGCAAAUGAUGCCCCAGAGAGAGACCCCAAAGAUUGGGUUCUUGAAGGAAGUAGCGACAGUGGAUCGACAUGGCAUGUUCUUGACAAGCAAACUUGUCAGGUGUUUGAGGAGCGGUUCCAACGCAAAUCCUACAAAAUAACAUCACCCGGAUUCCAAGCGAAUCUCUUCAGGUUCCGGUUUUUGUGUGUACGAGACGUGAAUUCGACUUCCAGGCUACAAUUAGGGAGCAUCGAUCUAUACAGAAGCCAGCAGUAAUUAAAAACGAUUCACAUCAAAUGUACUACUAUGUAUAAACUAUUACACAAUCAUUUAUUGUGUUUGUUCACUUUCUGCCAAAAUGAUGUCUUCGUGAGGGAAUUGUUGGCCAUUGUUAUUGUUAAGGAGCAACUUCAUGAGACCAAAAGAACAGCUUCCUCUGUUUCUGUCAAUAACUAUACUAUAAACAGAAAUAUGCAAUAAUGAAUCUUUGUUUUUCAAAAAAUUAGGAAAGUGUCUCUUUUUCUGUUAAAUUUGUGGGCUUUACAAAACUCAGGAGAUGUGUGAUAGCCUGUUUCUUCUUCCUCGCCCUCUCUCUCUCUCAAAUUGGUUCAGACCAUAGAAGAGCCAUCUGUCUUGUCGCAGCGAGAAGAAGAAUGGCGGAGGCGCGUGACGAUCUAGCUGAAUCGCUACAGAGUCUCUUCACGAGUGUAUCAUCCAUGGUGAAAUCCGAGCUCCAGGGAACGAACAAUCAACUGGAUCUAUUGGAGAAGAUGAAUCUGAGAGUUGCGUCGGAGUACGAGGAUCUGGGCGACGUGGCAGCUGGGCUGAGGGUUUUCGCGGGGCAGAUGAAGUCCAAAAGCGGCGGCUUGGAUGAGUUCGUGGGACAGAUGGACGCAAUCGAGAAACAGGUGUCGGAGUUUGAAGCUGUCAUCUCUGUUCUCGAUCGCUAUGUCUCUGUCCUCGAUUCCAAAGUCCGAGCCGAGUGUCGUCAUCGUCAUCAUCGUUCUGUUACAGAGUGAUUCGCCAUUGUAACAACAAUCAAUAAUUAUCAUCAUCCUUGUAACUUUUUAUUUCCUUUUCUCAAACGUUGCUAAGAUUGAUGAAAACCUGGAAUCCUAACGAAUGCUAUCUGCAUUUUAUAAAACCUUG